GAUGUGCGCUGGCAUGUGGCACUGAUGAGCACUGACUGCUGGCACUGAUGGACACUGACAGGUGGCACUUCUGGGGCCACACUGAUCAUCAGGGCACACUGAUCAUCAAGCAGAGAUCGGCACCGAUCAUCAGGGCACUGAUGAUCAGUGCCCUGAUGAUCCAUGUCCAGCAGUGCCACCCACCUGUGCCCAGCAGUGCCCAGCAGUGCCGCCAGUCAGUGCUGCCCAGCAGUGACGACUAUCAGUACCCAUCAUCAGUGCCGCCUCAUCAACGCACAUCAGUG